AUGUCGACUGAAAACGAAACAAUCAGUAAGAGUCAUGCAAACGACAAAAUAUCCAUAGAUUUAAUUGAAGGACAGGAUUCGUCGAUGACAGCAGUGAGCUCACCAAUUAAAAGAAAAAUGUGUUGCAUCAUAUCCACUUUAAUUAUUGGUGGUAUAAUUGCUGGUUCUAUGACAAUUACAAUGCUAAAAUAUUAUCGGCGGAUGAAAAUGACAGAAUCAUUAACAACAUCAACAGGUACACUAGUUCUUGAGGAUAAAAUUGUAUAUUAA